AUGGCGCCUCCAGCAAUCAUCGCCCCUUCAAUUCUCUCGGCCGAUUUUGGUGCCCUGGGCAAGGCCUGCUCGGACACCAUCGGCCAUGGCGCAGACUGGCUCCACGUCGACAUCAUGGACGGUCACUUCGUCCCCAACAUGACCUUUGGCGCUCCCGUUGUCACAAUGAUCCGUCCUCACGUCGACAGACCCUCUGAGUCCUUUGGCAAGGGUACCUUCGACUGCCACAUGAUGAUCGCAGAGCCCAAAAAAUGGGUCAAGGAGUUCAAGAAUGCUGGCUGUGACCUCUACUGCUUCCACUACGAAGCCGCCAUCAACUCCACCGCCGCUGAAGAGCCGUCUGCUACCUCGGACGAGAAGACGAGUCCCAAGGACCUCAUCAAGUACAUCCACGACCAAGGCCUCAGAGCCGGCAUUGCACUCAAGCCCGGCACCCCCGUCGACGUUCUGUACGACAUCCUAGACAGCAAGACCACAGACGAAGUCCCCGAUAUGGUCCUCAUCAUGACCGUAGAACCCGGUUUCGGCGGCCAGAAGUUUAUGCCCGACAUGAUGCCUAAGGUUCAAGACCUCCGCAAGCGCUACCCCGAGCUCAACAUCGAAGUCGACGGUGGUCUCUCUGAAAAGACCAUUGACGUGGCUGCUGAUGCUGGCGCAAACGUCAUCGUCGCUGGUUCUGCUGUGUUUGGUGCAAAAGACCCCUCAGAGGUCAUUGCAAAGCUUAGAGAAGCUGUCGAGAAGAGAAGAUGA